AUCUACCAUUGUUCUAGCAGAGGAACACGAAGAAGACGCUCAUGCUGUCUUGUGUAAAGUGAAGACAGCUAACGAAGCUAUUUUACUAACAGCAUUACACGAAAAGGCACGCUGUUGGAAUUAACUGGUUGUUUUCGGACUCUUGUGUGCUUCUUUAAUAUUUAUUUUUUGGCAGUAGUAGUUCAACUCUGUUUUACGGUUCGGCCGGUUUGCCUGACCGGUUAGCAUCCAGGCUAACCCGUGUAGCUGGAGGACGUUUCCCUGACGUCACACGGAAACUACUCUACCUGCCGUUGACGGUUUGUAGUUUAGUGUCUGUUGGUUUUGUAGUUUAGUGUCUGUUGGUUUUGUAGUUUAGUGUCUGUUGGUUUUGUGGUUUAGUGUCUGUUGGUUUUGUGGUUUAGUGUAAGUUGGUUUUGUAGUUUAUAGUCGGUGUAGUUCGGUGUCGGUUGGUUUUGUAGUUUAUUGUCGGUUGGUUUUGUAGUUUACAGUCGGUUUAGUUCUGUGUCGGUUGGUUUUGUAGUUUAUUGUCGGUUGGCUUUGUAGUUUGUUUAUUGGUUUUGUAGUUUACAGUCGGUGUAGUUCUGUGUCCGUUGGUUUUGUAGUUUAUUAUCGGUUGGCUUUGUAGUUUGUUUAUUGGUUUUGUAGUUUAUUGUCGGUGUUGUUUGGUUGCCGUUGGUUUUGUAGUUUAUUGUCCGUGUAAUUCGGUGGCAGUUGAUUUUGUAGUUUAUUGUCGGUUGUAGUUUCUCUGUGCUGGGUGACUUCAUGUUGAAGCCCCUCUCUGCUGCUCUCCGGUUGUUCCCUCGCCGUCUCUUGUCCUCCACCCAGACCUCCAGUCUUCUCCUGGGCAGGAGGAUGGAGCUCGCCGUGGUGAGGUGCCUCCCCGGGGAGCCCAAACUCACCAUCUCCUUCUGUCUGGACGGCAGCCACAAACAGAUGCUGCGGGACCAGGACGAGACUCUGGGGAAGGUCCUGGCCCGGAUCUCCAACGGCAUCGCGAAGGGCCAAGGUAAGGCGAAGAAGUCUAAGAAGAACAAGGGCCAGCAGCCGUGUGAGACCCCUGAGACCACCGUGGUGAAGCUGUUCUAUGAAGGCGGAGAGGUGGAGGACUCGGUGCUUAAUUCGGAGGCGUGGCAGGACGGGGCUGUGCUCCAGGUCGGGGACGUGAAGUACUCGGUGCAGAGGAACGCACCCACUUUCACUAACGCAGAGCUUCCGGUGUCCCUGCUGUCCGGGUUUCCGGUCUGCCCGAAUCUGGCGGUAGAGUUCGGAAACCUGCAGGACUGCAAGUUCACAUGGUUCAAAGAAAACCCCUCAAACGCAACAAGCUCUGAAUCUGCUGCAGAAGAACCAGCUCAGGACGGCGGUUGGACAGAGGUUGGAUGUGGGAGAGUCCACGUCCCGUCGAAUCAGGACAUCGGCUGCAGACUCAAACUGCGCUGCACGCCUAAAGAAGGGCAACGCAGCGGCCCAGUGAAGGAGCUGAUCUCUGCGGGGGCUGUGGAGGCCGGACCGGGUGUGUGCACGUUUGACAACAGACACCUCUACACGGUCAGAGAGGCGGAGUGGCCGUCUGUGCGGGUGAUGUCGUACAACAUCCUCGCUGACAUCUACGCACAGACAGAGUUAUCCAAGACAGUGCUGUACCCGUACUGUGCUCCCUACGCCCUGCAGCUGGACUACAGGCUCAACCUGAUCAAGAAGGAGCUGGCCGGAUACAACGCUGACAUCAUGUGUCUGCAGGAGGUCGACAAAGGUGUGUUCACGGACAGUCUGACUCCGACUCUGGACGCCUUCGGUCUGGACGGUGUGUUCAGGGUGAAAGAGAAGCAGCAUGAAGGACUCGCCACUUUCUACCGCAGGUCAAAAUAUAAGCUCCUGAGUCAACAUGACAUCAUGCUAAGUGAAGCGUUGACCUCUGACCCCAUCCACUCUGAGCUGCUGGAGAGGCUCUCUGCUAACAGCGCUCUGAAGGAGAAGAUGCUGCAGAGAUCCACCACCCUGCAGGUCAGCGUCCUGGAGGACCUGAAUAAAGCAGGGAGGAAGGUGUGUGUAGCAAACACACACCUGUUCUGGCAUCCUAAAGGAGGGAACGUCCGCUUGGUCCAGAUGGGCGUGGCGCUGAAACACCUGGGUCAUGUGAUCAGCGGCGUUGCACCCGGAGCCCCUCUCAUCUUUUGUGGUGACUUAAACUCUGUCCCUCACUCAGGUGUGUUCCAGCUGCUCAGCGAGGCUGUUGUUCCUCAGCAGCAUGCAGACUGGAGCAGCUCGGGGCCGGAGGAGUCCUGCAGCAUAGAGCUGCUCUCCGCUUUCCCCCCUCUGCUCAGCGCCUGCGGACAACCCGCCUACACAAACUAUGUUGGAGGAUUUCAUGGCUGCCUGGAUUACAUCUUCAUUCAGCCGGACAGCAUGCAGGUGGAGCAGGUGAUUCCUCUGCCCAGCCACCAGGAGGUUACCACCUACGAGGCCCUGCCCAGCGUGGCUCAUCCCUCUGAUCACAUCGCCCUCAUCUGUGACCUGCGCUGGAACCCCUGACCUUUGACCUCCGACCAUCAGGAGAGCUUUCAGUCGCUGCUGCAAACACAUUCUGCCUUUUAGGUUUCUUUACGUUUGAAUCAAGUCUGAGUGGAGAAAGUGUUCCUGUGUGUUUACUGGAUAUGUUUAAAACACAGAAUCAUCAUCUCAGAACACAGAGCUGUCUUAAAUUAAACUCAAAUAUAUCUGAACUGUUGUGAAGAUGUUCAAACUGCAUUUUUACAGAACAGUUUUUAAUCACUGAUAUUCAGUGUCUUGUAUCUGGAAAAGAAAUUAAAUAUACAUUGCUUGUUUUUUCUUUUUCACCAGAGAUUGAUAGUUAAUACAUCUGAAUGAAUUUUGGGCUUUUCUGUGAUUAUAAAUAUUUUAAAUUUGAACCCAAUGGAAUUUUCAAACAUAAAGACAACUUAUGGACUACCAAAUGAUGUGGUUAUGGAACAAAUAUGGACAUUUAUUUAUUAUUUGUAUUCAGCAUUUAUCAUUUUAUGCCAAAACAAGUUGUUCAGUUGCUCUUAGACUUUUAUAAAGGUGUGAUUUUACAGCAUUAAAAGUCAUGUUGUAAUGUAAA